AUGACGGAGCUGGAAAGAGAGCAUGGGCAGGAGCUGCCAGAAGAUCCAGAACUUUUGGAACAAGAUGAUGAGGAGGAGCAGCUGGAUGACAUCAACCGGCUAUUGGCAGAGACGAAGACAGCCGCAGAUACUCAGGAGACCACAGAGGAGACUGGACUCGCCAAGGUGCAACAGCGUCCUCAAGUGAUCGACGAUUUCUUCAGAAACUUCCUGCUGAAGUGCGUUGACUCAAUGAUUCUCAGCUCAGGCUGCCAACAGCACAACUUGCUUGGGAGGUACGGCAUGAAGCGCUCCUUGGAUGUCUUCCAGGCAGAAUGGUACGAGAUGCAGCAGAGUGGCAAGUUCAAGGACUCUGAGCUGACCGUCGUCCCAGAUGUCUACACUCGCAACCACGGCUUCCAGCAGGAGGUCUUACUGCUACGGGAAGAGCUCGAGAAAGCCCGCAUGGUGGCAGCCAAGGCGAAGGAGUCCUGGGACAAAUUCCGAAAGGAGCGGGACUACCAUCGGAUGCAUCAUCGACGUGUUGUUCAGGAGAAGAACAAGUUGAUUGUUGACUUGAAGCGCUUGAAAAAACACUACGAGCAAUACGAGCCAACCCUUACAGAAUUGCGGCACAAGUAUGAGGUUGCCAUGAAGGAGAAAAUGCUUAUGCGCCUUGAACGGGAUCGCUACGCAGCCAAGGCGGAAUCCUUGCAGAAGCAGCUUUCACAGGUUGAAGCCAAGGAAGAGAACACGAACAGCAAGGAACGGUGCUGUUUUUUCCGACCCAUGCCGUUCAGAUAUCUGGUGGUGGACUUUCAGCGUGACGACUCGGAUGAUCUUCAGGACUUGACAGAAAGCGAUGAGCUUCUUCGCAAGAAGAAGACGCUGCGGGAAGCUCCUUGGCCAAGCGAAGACAGGACCAACCCAUACACCAACUCCAACUUUGAAGCUGUGCGGGUGGCCGAGUUUGCCAGGACUCAAGUCUUCAAAGGGCACAUGGGGGCCAUUUCACGUGUGGCUUUCCAUCCAAAAAUUCCGGUGGUGGCUACAGCAUGCGAUGACCACACCUGGAAGAUGUGGUCUAUGCCAGAAGGUCAGCUGGUCCUAAGUGGCGAAGGUCACAGGGAUUGGGUAAGCGGCAUCUCUUUCCAUCCACGAGGAUCCCUAGUUGCCACUUCUUCUGGUGACGCGACUAUCAAGAUCUGGGAUGUAGCAAAAGAGAAGUGCAAGCACACACUCACUGACCACACGCAGCUGGGAACUCAGAAUGCUGUCAAGAUUCAGGUCAAGAAACAUCAGACCUCCGAGAUUCUUUCUGACCUGAAUCAUGACAGCAUCCAGGAUCAGACCGUCAAAGCCUUUGACAUGACCAGUAUGAGAUGCCGCCAGACGUUCCGCGGCCACGUGGACUCUGUGAAUUUCGUGACCUUUCAGCCUUUCUCCAACAAUGUCCUCACAGCGUCCGGCGACAAAACCAUUUCCCUGUGGGAUUUGCGCACCGGACUCUGUGUCCAAACCUUCUAUGGACAUGCGAACGCCUGCAAUCAUGCGAUGUUCAAUUUGAAGGGCGACACCGUAGCCUCCUGCGAUGCUGACGGCAUUGUCAAGCUGUGGGAUGUGAGGGUUGUGUCAGAAUUCCUGCAGAUUGACACUGGACGGCAUCCAGCAAAUGCAGCCAACUUUGAUCGUAGUGGAAAGGUUUUGGCCAUUGCGUCCGGUGAUGCAUCUAUCAAGACAUUCAACAUCGAAGACAAGGUAUUCGUGGCGAAUUUGGAAGGGCACGAUGAUUCAGUUCAGGCCGGUUGCACGGUUGCGCGGUUGCACAUGGGCUGGGGCGUUGGGGUACUAGGGCAAUUUAGCCCUAAAGGCCAAGAUGAGGGGUCAAACGGUCACAGUGCAUUUUUUGUUGACCUCCCGCUUGGUGCCAUGUCGCCGAAGACACCCAAGACGCCCAAGACUCCGAAGACACCCACAAGUCCACAAACGCCCUCGGCUGCUGUGGAGGAUGAUUUCGCCAUUAAGACUAUCAUGCAAUCGGCGCCAUCACCCAAGGAAAAGGAAGCAGAAGGGCGGUCCUAUAUUACGGCGGAAAGGCCGAUGCUGCUGGGGCGAGCAAAGGCUCAUUCAAAGCCAGCAUCUUCGCCCACUUCGAGCCCGCCUCCGCACAGCACGCGACGAGUUUGCUUCGAGCAGGAUGGCGACAUGCUUGCUGUGAUAUCUCGUGAGGCGCAUGCGGGCCGCCAAAGGCGUAUCCGCGAUAGGCCCAAGCCCAAGAUGCCAUGCCCUUCAGAUGCUGAAUGUCACAAUGGAGCUGUGCAGGUUCGGUGCCUUCCGCGUGUGAGAGCUGACGUAACGCUCUGGGAGUUGAGUAGCCAGUGA